CAAUGCCUGCCUCAUUCUCUCUGGCGGCCAGUGAGGCUUCAAGUGGGCAAAUCUGGUUGGAGUUUCAAUGAUUGCAAAGAUGUCAACCAGCGAAGCUGAGAAUACAAGGAUGAAAAUAUUCAAGAAUAAGGGGAGAGAUUUUGUGGAGUUGAGGAGGCGGAGAAUCGAGAUCAACGUUGAGCUACGAAAAGCCAAGAAGGACGAGCAGAUUCUGAAGAGGAGAAAUGUGGGCACUUUGCGAGAGGACGACAAGACACCGGAAACGAUUGUCCGUGAGAUGACGGUUAAAGAGAUUGUGAUUGGGAUGAACAGUCACGAACCACAGCUGCAACUACAAGCGACACAGGGUGCAAGAAAACUUCUGUCCCGAGCCUGGAAACCUCCUCUGAACGAGAUCAUUAAAGCAGGACUGAUCCAUAAGUUUGUUGAAUUUCUUGGUAGAGAUGAUAUCCCUGUUCUCCAGUUUGAAUCUGCCUGGGCACUGACUAAUAUCGCAUCAGGCACAUCAGAGCAGACCAAGUCAGUAGUGGACGGAGGUGCUGUCCCAGUAUUUGUGUCUCUGCUUUCAUCUCCACAUGUGCACAUCAGUGAGCAGGCUGUGUGGGCCUUGGGCAACAUUGCAGGUGAUGGUCCCCUCUUCCGUGAUGCAGUGAUAAAUUGCAAUGCUGUCCAGCCUCUGCUUGCAUUGGUACAGCCUAGUACUCCAGUUGGUUUCUUGAGCAAUAUUACAUGGACUCUGUCAAACCUGUGCCGCAACAAGAAUCCUCACCCUUCACUCCAAGCAGUUCAGCAGAUGCUCCCUACACUUAUUCAGCUGCUUUACAAUGAUGAUGCAGAUAUCCUCUCUGAUGCAUGCUGGGCGCUAUCUUACUUGACCGAUGGCCCCAAUGAACGGAUUGAGGUUGUAGUUAACACUGGCAUUUUGCCCAGACUGGUACAUUUAAUGGCCACCUCUCAGAUGACUGUGUUGACUCCUGCCCUCCGUGCUGUAGGAAACAUUGUGACUGGAACUGACAAUCAAACAGAGGCUGCCCUCGAGGCUGGUGUUCUCUCUGUUCUGCCCCAGGUAUUGAAGCACUCAAAGUCCAGUAUACAGAAGGAGGCUGCUUGGACCAUCUCUAAUAUUGCAGCUGGACCCACUCAUCAGAUUCAACAAUUGAUCACUUGUGGAGUGAUGCCUCCACUUGUCGAACUUAUGGAACAAGGUGACUUUAAAGCAAAGAAAGAAGCUAUUUGGGCUGUGACUAACUACUCGAGUGGUGGCACGGUGGACCAGAUAGUCCACUUGGUACAGUGUGGGGUUCUGAAGCCCCUGCUUGACCUGCUCUGUAUCAAAGAUGCCAAGAUUAUUCUGGUGGUCCUGGAUGCCAUUUCCAAUAUCUUCCUGGCUGGGGAGAAGCUUGGUGAGACAGACAAACUGUGUCUAAUGAUAGAAGGGCUUAAUGGGUUGGAAAAGAUUGAAGCUCUUCAGUCCCAUGAAAAUGAUGCCGUAUACAGAACUGCACUGAAUCUGAUUGAAAAAUACUUUGUUGAAGCGGAUGACGAUGUUUCAAACCUGCAGCCUGAAGCAACAAAUGAAGAAUUUAUAUUUCAGAUGAAUUCUCAGAAAGAUGAGUUUAACUUCUGAGCAAGUGGACUCUUAAAUAUGUACAGUACUUCAGUGCAAUAUUUCUAUCCAAACAAGAUACUUGUUAACUUGUAUUUGAUUAGUUUUGAAGGUGCUUGUGUAAGUAUU